CUUUCACUAUGAGUAGUGUGAAUGUUAUCAAAUUAACAGAUUUCAUCCAAUAUGUGAACAGUACAUGCAAUUUACACGACACCUAUACUUGAAUAAUUCUGGAGUGGAAUAAUCCUGGGAAGAAAACCUGAAGUGUGUUUUUCAAACAUGAAGUGGUCUGUCAGGUUGAGGCAUCGUUUAUUUCAAACAUGAAAUUGUGUAAUUUAUGAGAGCAGUAAAGCCAGGGGGGAAAAAAUACAUGAACGUAGUCUUUGUAUCUACUUAGCAGACAGCCCACUGAAGGAAGAUGGAUAUGUAUGAGAACCUUGGCGUCGUGGGUGAGGGGAGCUAUGGUACAGUGAUGAAGUGUCGACACAAGGAGAUUGGACACAUUGUGGCCAUCAAGAGGUUCAAUGACAAGGAAGAGGACAAAACCAUGAAAAAGGUUAUCAUGAGAGAAAUCAAACUUCUGAGGCAAUUUCGCCAUGAAAACCUUGUGAACAUGCUGGAGGUAUUCCGGUUCAAGAAGCGCUUGUAUGUUGUCUUUGAGUACAUUGACCGCACAGUUCUGGAAGACCUAGAGAAAUAUCCUCGUGGUUUGGACAGCAAGCGCCUCAGAAAGUACAUGUUCCAAAUUCUACGAGCCAUGGAUUACCUUCACACCAGCAAUAUCAUUCACAGAGACGUCAAACCUGAGAAUGUGCUUGUCUCUAACUCUGGGGUGGUGAAGCUCUGUGACUUUGGGUUUGCCAGAACCUUGGCACCGACUGGGGAGCCUCUCACAGACUAUGUGGCCACCAGGUGGUACAGAGCCCCAGAACUUUUAGUGGCAGACAACACUUAUAGCAAACCUGUAGAUGUGUGGGCCAUUGGCUGCUUGAUUAUAGAGAUGGCUACAAGCAAUGCUUUUCUGACGGGGACUUCUGACCUGGACCAGGUGCACAAAAUAGUCAGCAAAGUGGGGCCUUUGACCCGCCAUCAGCAAGACCUGUACUUCCAGAACCCCAUCUUUGCUGUGGCCAGCCUUCCUGAGGUGCAGCUCCUCAGGGACCCCAGGAGGAAGUACCACAAACUCCACUUCUUAGUGGCUGAAAUAGUGGAUUCAUGCCUACAGAUCGAUCCAUCUCACAGGGCUGCGUGCUCCAUGUUGCUCGUUCAUCGGUACUUCACCAAAGACGGGUUCGCUGAAAGAUUCAUACCAGAGAUACAGGCAUUGAUACUGAAAGAUGCCAAGGUUAACAGCAUGCACUGGAUUCAUAGUAGCUCAUGGGAGCCACCAGAGGACCAAGGAACAGGAGUCUUGUCCUCAUCCUCAUGUAACAGAAAGCCAGUGAAGGACACUGAGAGGGACCGACGUGGGAAGGAGCCUGAGCAGAAGCAUUCUAGGGCAGGCAGGAGGUCAGAGAUCAGGAUGACCUGCAGCCCUGUCUCAUCUCAGACAGACAGACAGCCCUUUACCUCCACCUCUACCUUUACCUCCAUCCCAGACCCCCCUCAAUCUCAGGACAAGGCUAUAGCCUUUACCAUGCCCCGCAUCAACGCCAGCAACAAUCUUUUCGCUGCCGUCCCCGUCCCCUGCUGUAUGGAAGUCACUAAGUCCCGCACUGAUAAGGUAAAGAGACGGCCGAGCCCUACUGACUUGGCAUUGGGGAGUAGUCAGCUGACUGAUGCCCCGUCUCAGAGUGACAGCCAUGAUAACCUGCAGGUUGAGAUGUCCAGUCUGGCUAAAAAAAAAGUGAAGUCAGUGAGAGACAUGAGAAAUGUGCGCUUCCCUGGACUUCCUGUGUUCGGCCACCAGAUGGAGCUGAAGUUUAUAGAUGCAAAGCACUCGAGGAAGGAGCCAAAGAGCAGAGGAAGAGAAGAAGCCGUCAUCCGAUUUCACUGACCACGGAAAUAAGUAGGUUUUGGAGGGAACAGUACUACCAUUAAGAGUUGAUCUGAAUUCUUAACUGGGUCCUGGCACUGGAUGGUUUAUGUCCC